ACUUUUGCACACGCACACGUCCUCAACGUUUUAUCUGCAUGUCUGUUUGUUGCCGAGACGCAACUUAUAUCUUUUUUAUUAAUUGUCAGCCAUCACAAAGCAGAUGAAAACAGGUAUGAGGAAAUCGUUAUAUGCUGUUCAACUAUUGUUACGACCAACAGAACAGCUUUUAUUAUGUUAGCUUAGCUGGCUGACAGGCUAGUCAGGAUGCUGCUGUAAAAACGAGCUCACAACGAUGCUAACAAAUUUUAGCGAAUAUUUUAACCUCUUAUACCAAGAAAAGUGUCAUCUUUCCGACGAAACAGCAGUGACCUCUCCUGUCCUGUAUCACGGCAUUGACCUAAACCAACAUACAGUAAGUCAACAUUUAUUUUCGGGGGCACUGCUUGUCUAACAUUUUCUUCAGUUAAAGCUCCUGUAAGUAACUUUGAGUUAGCGAUAAAUGUAGAAAAAGCAGUGCUUGCUUGUUUAUUUCUUGGUUAAGUGAUGUUUUCAGACAAAAUAUCUCAUCCGGCCCAGUUCUGACAGUCAAAUGUAUUGGUCAAUAAAAAUAUAUGAUGUGGAUAAUGUAGAAAAGAGCUGGUUCUGCAGCUGCCCUGCUGACACAUAUCCCUGCACCAGUUACAGAUAUUAAAAAUACUAAAAUAAAAAUAAAACAAAAUAAUAUUUUGUUUAUGGUUUGUUUGUUUUUGCAUAUCAUAAAAAAAUAUCAACAUGAAUUUGAAAAGAACAUGAAUUUGCUGUAAGGGAUAUUCAGGCAUAACAAAUAAGUUAGGGUCAAACACACCGCAACACUGAGUUAGACACCCCCUCAAGAGAUUAAUGUUGCUGACUGCUAAAUUCCCUAGUUAUAUGAACUUUAGUAAUGACCGCACGAUAGCAAUACAGAGUGGUCUCAGAAGCCACGCACACACCCAACCACAACGCCACUCUAUAGCAACAAAUAAUGCUCAGAACAGCACCGAACUUCAUCAACAGUACAUAUAGGGUCUCAGCCACAGCACUAGCCACCAGACAUCUUUGUAACUUUGCCUGAUUUAUUUAGCAAAGAGACUAAACACAACUCACCCACUCUCUUCCUAUGACCCUAAGUGAAUUUUACGCCUAAAUAUCCCUUUAAUUUGCAAUUUCUGGUCUCUUUCUUGCAGUAGCAGGAGUCUAUCAGUAAUAAAGUGUUCGUCAUUCAUAAAAUGCAAAUGAUCUUUGUUAUUAAACACAUUUAAUACAAAUUGUCUGUUUCUUGCUAGGCAUGCCUAAUGCCAGUGCACGUCCAAAGCAUGGCAGAAGGACACGAAGACGCCGCAGAGAGGACCCUGCAAGAAAUGAGCUUGUCUCUAGUUCGCUAGAAAGUGCCCAGCAGUGCCUGUUCAACCAGGACUAUGGAACUGCAUUUGUGCACUACCUUCUUGUCCUUAACCUUGCGCCUGUGUUUAAAGAAUUUGCCAAGGUAAUGACUGAUUGCACCCCACUGAAAAACUUUCUGUUUUAUUCAUUGCUAAAGAUUGCACUGAUAUGAAGUAAAUUUUUCGUUAUCUCUUUUUUAGGAGUCUUUCAGGUUCACUCUCUUCAAAUGGACAGAAGAGCUGGAUUCUGUGGGACGCAUUCAGGACCUUUUUGACUGUUAUGAACAGGCACUGGAGCUGUUUCCUGCUGAUGAGGUUAUCCUCAACAGCAUGGGUGAACAUCUCUUCAGGUACUACCACUCCACUCCAGUGGUAGCUGGGAAAGAUGUAGUGUUGUAUGAGUGUUUUUUUAAUUCGUUCUGGUUCUUUUUUCAUAUCAAGAAUGGGUUUCAGAGAUGAAGCAGCAGGUCAUUUCCACAAAGCCUUGAAGCUGAGACCAGACUACCCAGAAGCCAGGGAAAAUUUCUACCGUGUGGCCAACUGGCUGGUGGAGCGCUGGCAUUUCUUGAUGCUCAAUGACCACGGGAGGAACCGGAAGUACCAACAAGCCAUUCAAAAAGCUGUUCAGAAUGGCUGCAGCACUGUACUUGACAUAGGUACUGGCACAGGGAUCCUUGGGUGAGAUAUUUUACAAGAGAAUUUGUUAUGUUUGUAAUAUUUCAGUAUUUAACUUUUGGAUCCAAAGAAAAGCUUUAAAAUGGGAACUGUAUUUCAUUGUGUGUGAGUUUUAUUCUGAUUUCCUUGCUCUCUCUCUCUCUCUUUGCGUAGCAUGUGUGCCAAGAAGGCAGGGGCUGCUGAGGUGUACGCCUGUGAGCUGUCAAAGACGAUGUAUGAACUGGCCUGUGAGGUGGUGACUGCUAAUGGAAUGGAUGGGAGCAUCAAGAUCCUCCAUAUGAAAUCUCUGGAGAUGGAGGUGCCAAAAGACAUCCCACACAGGUACAGCUUGCACCAGAAUAUAUCAACACACGCCUAAAAACCUUAAUAUCACAGCAUUUGUUUGUGUUUUCAUAAAAUUCAUGCUUAUGUAUGAGAAGUUAAGUCGUGUUUUUGAUUUAUUUUCUCACUGUGAUUUCUUCAGAGUGUCCCUAGUUGUGACAGAGACAGUGGAUGCAGGGUUGUUUGGAGAAGGGAUCAUCGAGAGUCUGAUUCACGCAUGGCACCACCUCCUGCUCCCUCCACAGGUAACUUACAUUAUUCAACACAAACCCAGAACAGCAAACAGAGCUUUGUUCCUCUUUAAUAUUUCUUUGAGUUCUUGGCACUCAAAGUCUAGGGCCUCUUGAGUUUAGGAGGUCAUCAAGAAGUCGUCGCAAAGCUUAAAAACUAAAAGUAUAAAGAGCCAAAGUACGACGAUAGAUGGGGUGAGAUAGGCAGCAAGAGCCAGCAUAUCGCCAAGGUUAUCAGGUUACAAAUCUCCAGGGUUUUGAAGUAAGUUGUGUAUUUUAGGAGAAAAAUAUCUGGGAAAAUGUUUAAAUUCAUAAGGAUAUAAAUUAUGUUACAAGAAAUUUAAAUUAAGAAAAAUAAAGAAGGCUACAAAAACAAUGGUACUAAGUUGGAAACACUUCAACCAAAGAAAGUCUCAGUCUAUCACUCAAAUAUCACAUUCACUGGCAAACUAAAGGAAGAUAAUCUUUAAGUUUUGGGAUCAUGGAACUACGUGGAAGUCACGUCACAUGUAAUGGUUUAUAAGUACGGACUCCAAAUGGUAAAUUUAGCUUUGCAGUUAUUAAUGAAAAGCCUGUGUUUCUUCUCUUACAGAAAGGUGAAAAUGAGUCCCAAGAACAGUCAGCGACAGGGCGAGUCAUUCCAGCCGGAGCCACCGUGUUUGGAAUGGCUGUCGAAAGCCUUGAGAUCCGCAGACACCACAGGUAGACCCAUGAGCAGGCAAACAGAAGAAAGUGCAUUUCAACUCAGCAGCAGGAGGAGGAGGUGCUGGCCUACAAUAAAACUCUGUUUUUUACAGGCUCUGUGUGUCAGAGGUUGGGGGUCUGUCCAUGGCUGCAGCUGGGGAGCUCUGCAGUCCGGUCAGCUGCACCUCCGAGCCUGAUGAGUCCAUGGAGCCGUACACCACAGAAAGACUCAGUAGACUGCCGGGGGGAUACAAAGCUCUAACAGAGCCUUUCACAGCCUUCAACAUAGAUUUCAACAACGUGCAGGUGAGCGCAAACAAGGAAGAUAACUUUUCUUUGUUUUUGUUUUGUCACCUGCACAACCACCUGAGAAAUCCCUGAAUUAAAAGUGUAUCUUUUGCCUUUAAGCAUCAUGUAAUUAGCGAAAUAGUUACUUUACCCGACCAAAUGUCUGCUGGUCCCAUGAAACCAUGAUGUUUGUCGCCUCACAGAAUAAAACAUUGCACAUCAGUGGUCACUCAUUAUUUAGCUACAGAUCCGCAGGAUUGAUGCCUGAUUUAUAAAGUGGCAGGGCACAGGCAGACUGGAGAGAGACGGUGUUUAUCCAGACAUUAGCUGCAGGAAAAGUUCUUCAUAUUCAUCACUAAGAAUAUUAAUUUGUGCAGUUGGUUCUGUCAGGAAAAAAACUUGUUCUGAUUAAAGAGCAAUGACAGUUUGUCUAGAAUAAGUGAGGCAAGAGAGGGUUGUAUGUUUCACCUCAGCUUGAUCGAAAAGAGAAAUGAGUGAUGUACUUAAAUGUUAAUGUGUUCAAUCUCAGGAAUAUGACAAAUGAAGAGUUUCUCUCUGUAUUCAUGCAGUUUUCCAUUUGAAGGAUUGAAGUAUCGCAACAAAUACUUUAAUUCGAAACGAGAACCCUGCUUAAUGCACGUAAUUCUAUAGUGCACAUUAAUCUGGUUGAAUUAAUGUUAUCUUGUAUAUUUAUACCAUACAAAAAAUGACAAUGCUUUUUAGAUUACAUGUGAUUCUUUUCAUUCUGGGUUACUUCUGUCUUUUUUUAACCGUCUUUGUGUUGUUGCUCUGAAGGAACUGGAGGGACUGAGCUCCAGGCCGGGUCAGCGGAUACGUCUGCCUGUCAUUCAAGAGGGGGAGCUGGACGCUCUAGCAGUGUGGUUCCAACUCCACCUGGACGAGGAGAGCAGUCUGUCCACUGGACCACAAGAGGACACCUGCUGGGAGCAAGCCAUCUACCCUGUCCACAUCACCAAGGGUAAGACCCCUGUAGUCAUGAGCAGAGACGGUGUGGAGGGACUUUGGUAACAUUAUUUCAUUUUUUUUAAACGUCACAGUCAUAUUUUUAUUUUAAUUUGACUUUAAUUCUUUCUGGGUUUUAUUUCUAAAACUGACUCAGUGGUGUUUCUCUGCUUUGUCUUUUUCCCCCAUUGGACUUGCAGUUCCAUGAUAUACCAGAUGAGGGCAGUGUGCACCUUCAACUUCAUGCAGUAUUUAACAUUUUAACUCAUGUAAUACCACUAGAGCUGGCAACACUCGAGUAUUUAAAGCCCUCUAUAAACUUAUUGCAGCAUUCACUUCAUUGUGGUUCAAAGUGUCAGACUUUUUUGGCUGACCUCUUUGUGGAAAUCUCAAGAAUAAUUUACUGUUAUGACUGGGUCAUAGUGCAUAAACAUAAAACUCCAAGAGAACUGGAACACUUGACACUAAUUACUGGGUUAUCACCUUAGAUAUCACCAUAUGAUAGUAUACCAAUGAAAAAGUAUAUUAAACUGUCAUUAAAAACAGACACUGUUUAUAAACUUGAGUAAUUAACCAAAACUAAACAAAGGCAGAGUUUUCUUUGACAAAAUUUUAAGUACGUUGUGAUUAAAUAUUCAACAGUCUAGCAAAUGUUCCUGAGAGCUCUGUCUCGUCUUGACUGUUUUGAUAGCAGGUCAGAGUGACUUUAAUAAACAGCGGCAUAAGGUGACAUGUUCCAGUUGGCAUUGCACUUCAUCAUCCGUCAGAUGGAGCUCAGCAGCGUCUCACCGCUCUGCUAAUUGGUGACGGCAGCGUUGAGGGAGCCGUCACCUUUCCCGGUGAUCACCUACAUCCGUUUCCCUGGUCGCUGUGACGUUGUGCGCCGUGAUCGCCUGUGACACUCUUUAGUGUUCAUGAAAUUCUUAUAGGCAAUAAAUAUGCAUCUCUCUGAAACGCCUGUGACGAGACACGCUGACAAGGAGACAUGAACAGAUGUUAUUCCUGCAGGAAUCGCCCCCCCUCCCCUCUCAGUGCACCCCGUCCCCCUGAAUCUCAUUUCUCCUUCGGGCCCCCUCUCCCUCUUUACACCUCCUGUUCCUUUUAGAUCUCUGUCUCUUCGUCUCUUUAGCGUUAUUCUUUUCCUCCAUUUAGGUUUGUUUCAUUUCAAGCUUUAAAGCCAGUUCAGCACUUUUGUGGCAACAUCCCAGUAAGCCUCAUAUUUUCAAAAAAGCACUUCAAUUUAGUCAUCUCUGUUCAUAUUUACCUUUUCUGUUAGUUGUACUGGAUGUUUUAGAAUAUCUUCUUAAAUGUUAUCCUGUAUUCUUGUGGCUGACUCAGUGUGCAGCUUCAGUCAUUACAGUCUAAAACUAAGUCAUCUGGAUUUUGAGCUACAAAGUCAGUCUGCUUUCACUUGAAGGAUAUCUCGAGGAUUAAAGUGUUCUCAUCCUGAGCAGGUUCUGGUUAUACUCGUCUUUACACUUAUCCGCUCAGACAAAAUUGUUGAUGUAACAGCAUCUUUACCGGUCUCCCUAAUAGAUAAGUCUAGACAGGCAGCUUGUUGAGAAUGCGACUACCAGAGCCUAAAACCACACAGACUAAGAAAGUGGAUCCCAUCAGUUCAAUUCUGAGCUCCUGACACUGGCUCCCAGUUGGGCAGAGAUUCUUUUUUAAACUAUGCUGGUUUAUAAAGAGUUAGGUUGUGUAAAGCCAAAAUAGCGAUCUUCCCAUCAGGUCCUCUGGGACUGGUCUACUCUCUGUCUAAAGAGCCAGAAACAAACAGGGUUCAGUUUUUAUGCUCCAGUAUGUGGAGCUUAUUCCCAGAAGAAUUCCGGUCUGCUGAACCUCCUAGUCUUUUGGAUUAAUUCUGAAGACUCACCUGAAUACAGAUACCUUUUAUAAAAUUAUCCUAUUUUCCUUUUUUAUGAUACAACACUUGCUCAUUCUAUUUUAACCUUUAUUUUUCCUGUUUCGUCCUCAUUGGCUUUGAUUUUGAGUGACUUGUUUUGAUGAUUUUCAAAUGUCUUUAUGUGUUUCUUCUGCCCUCUGAAAUGGGUCGAUGUCUUGUGUGACGCACUCGGAAUCAAAGUGUUGCUAAAAUGUACUGUAAAUAAACUUGCAUCGCCACUUGAAGCAAGUAAAAGACUCUUGGACAGUCAAAACUCCGGUUUAAAUAUGAUAUUGUUUGAUUAAGAAAUUAAACUAAUCCUAAGCAGACAUCCCCAGAGCCAUUUAUGAUGUAGUCUCAGACAGUUCUAGUGAAAAAAAGGCCAUGAGGGAUUUUUCUUCCACUGUUUUCUUGCAGGUUUUGUCCUGAAACCUCGUGAUGAGCUGGUAGUUGAAGUCUCCUGCAGAGAUGCCUUCCUCAGACUCAGCAGUGUGGCCGUGGUGAGAAACGGGCACGAAAUCCGUCUGGACAAGCGUCUGGAUUCUCAGGAUCCUGGAAACCCCAUCUCAUCACAGAACCCAGAGGCAGAGCUGUGCAGUGCACUGGCCUGCCUUCAGACGGACCAGAACCGAACCAAAGACUUCUACAUGCUGGAAUGUGCAGAAAUGGCGCUCCUCAAUAAUCGGGACUACCACCAGAGUUUUAACACAGCUCUGGGUAAACUCAUCUCUCAGCUGAAGGUUCGAUACCAAACCCCAGAGCAAAGCUCAGGUGUCCAGUCUGACUCCACAGACUCUCAUGACCUCCUUUAUGUUCUCGAUGUGUCGGAGGGCUUCUCUUUGCUCUCCCUCAUCGCAGCCAGUCAUGGUCGUGUAAAAGCGUACAGCUCUGUGGAGAAAAACAAGCAACAAGAAGUCCUAAAGAGACUGGCGCGCUCCAACAACAUUCCAGAGCAGUAUUUAGAGUUCUGGCUCAACCACAUGGAGGAUGAGCAGGGGAUGUUGAAGAGGCCAUCUAGGGAGAAGCUGUGGAGCGCCAUCCUCCUGGACUGUGUGGAGACCUGUGGUCUCAUUAGACAGAAGCUCAUGGAGAAGGCCUCCUUAGCCAGGUAAAGGCACAUUUCCACUACUUUUGUUUAGUUUGCUUUAUGUUGUCGUCAUCUUGGAGCCGAACUUUUGCAUUUUUAAACUUUGUAUUCUUAUGAACUGUACAAGGUGUCUGCUGGAGGAAGGAGGACGCAUUUUCCCUGAAAAGAUCGUGGUUUAUGGUAUGCUGGUGGAGUCUGACACGUUACUGCUGGAAAGUGCCGUCCAGGGUCAGGAGCCGACUUUGGGAUUCAAUAUUGCUCCUUUUAUCAACCAGUUCACUGUAAGUAAACCAACACAAGCUAGGCUGGUCUUUAAAAAAGCAAAGAGGGAAGUACGGCAAACCCUUUCCAUUCUGUCCUUGGGACUCGUUUUAACAAUCUGAGCCUGUCAGUGGUAAAAUUAAGCACUUGUUCGAUGAUGCACUAUUGCCCGGUCAAACUACAUUUUAGCUCAGUUUGUGGCUGCCGACUGCUCAGCUUCUCCCUCAAUAUUGGACCAAUCUCAAAAAUCAUUCUCUCCAUCAGUCCAGUACACACAAAUACAUGAGAAAAUAGUGCCCAGGUUAAAAGAUAUCAAAGUUCUUCCUUCAUAUUGUGUGUAGCCCGAAAAUUCUGUGAAAUAGUGUUAAACUUUGUAGCUUCAAGUGAGACAAAAAGCACCGGGUUGCAAAUCACAACCUUUGUUUGUCUGUUUUGAAUUGUUAAAUAUGAUUCGAAUGAAGCGUUUUUCAGUAUUAAAAAAACACAUUUAUUAUUAUUGCAAUCAUCAUUAUGGGCAUAACUUCUCUAGAAAACCUUUCAGAGUCUGUUGCUACAGACAGAAAACUACUUAAAGGCAUAACUGUGAUAUUCUCCAUGUGAGCUGCUACACUUUGACUGGCUUUCAUAGGAAUUUCCACUUUGUGUAAGCUACACAGACGGGAAGUGACCUGUGCAAAAAGCAUCUUACCAAAAUCUCUUUAAGAGCCUUUGUGCAGAAUCUCACUGUGAACUUUGGUUUGUAAAAUGUCAGUAAAAAGCAGUUAAUCUGUGAUUAGUUUUGGCUUAUAGGCUUCCAGGUGAAAAAAUCAGGUGAUGUUUACUUGGCUUUAUGGUUUCACUAGUUUUCCACCUGAAAGAGUUCAAGUUUAUUUUUUACUUCAGUGUAAAUCCAUAUGGACUGAAACACAAUACAUUAAUGUCAAUCUCAUAGUGGUUUUAAAAGAAAACGGUUGAACUAUACAUCGUUACUCUGAGAGUACAGCAAGUAUAUCACUGAAAAGUCUGUAAGAAGAUUUAUAGAAUGUUUUAAAAAGUCUUAUCUGAGCUUGUGGAGGGUCUUAAAUCUCAAAUGGCACUUUGACUGAGAUUCACCUGAAUACUUAAUCAACACCACAGUGUCCAGUUUAUAUUACACAACUUUGUAUCCAUUUUUCUGUAAUGGAUUUGCUUGUUCAUGUGAGAGUUAACAACAAUUACGGCAGCAUUCACGUCCAAAUUUAAACCAUGAAAAGGAAAAAGAGAAGAGGAGCUGAUUCAGGAGGAUUAGCUCCAAAAUAAAACAAAUAUAUUAACAUGUAAGUGUGCCACACCUGUUUUAACUGCAGAAUGGCACUGGAAAGGUCCUCCAGGGUCUCAUCUUUUUUCUUUAGGGUCUCAUCUUUUUUCUUUUAAGUUGGCAGUCACUCUGCCUGUCUGUUUAAACAUGAUGCAUGCAAUAAUAACAACUAUAUCCAAGGUUAUGCUCUGGAUUCAGAAGCUGAAUGAGCAUCUAACUUGAUAGAGUUGUGAUAGCAACACAAUUUUCUGUCAGCUCACAAACGUAAAUAUUCCGUUUACAUAAGUGCUUUCGGCUCAUUUCAGACUGAUCCCAUUGUAAGAAUUCAAAAUAAUUCUUACUGAAGAUAACGAAACCACCUUGUCAAACAGAAACUUCAACUCUCUUCUCCGAUCCAGUUGCAAAAUCCUCCUUUUGUACAUCUCAGACCACUCCAAUCUUUUAUUCUGUCUCAUGUUUCUGAUGCAACCGUCAAUAUUGACAGUUCUCACAUGCAGUACGCUGUGUUUGUAAGCUUGCAUCAUUCACAUACAAAGUGGGCACAUUAGUUGCAAUCAGUUGCCUGUGGGUUUUGUUAAAUAUGACUGACAUUUAGAGCAAUCCUAUAAAACAAAAACAAAAAGAAAUGAGCACAGAUUUUUCUUGUCUUAUUCAGUCAGCCCAGCUGUUCAUCCAGUUGUUUGGUUUCCUUCUUUAUACAGGUUGUCUCAAGUUUAACAAGGUAUUUCUCCCAGAAUACCAAAGUCUAGGACGGUGUUUUCUUUUGUGCGCUCUGCUUUGAAGCGUGUUUCCCCCUCUGAAUUCAAGUAUCUGCUCAGUCCCUUUGAAUCCUUUUUCUUUAUUUGGUCUGGAAAUUAGGCUUUUUUUCUGCACUGUGUUUGUGCUCUAAUUCUGCCCGGCCCCGGAGUGCGACACGGGUCCUUUGUUUGAACAGAUGUUGUCUCAGCGGAUGGCACUUUUCAGGCACAACUGUCACACAAAAACACAGCCGGCCCAACACAUUCCUACCUGAAUCUAUCAGUUCUCAUUACAUCAAGCACAUCAAACAGCAGACUCUGAGGUCUGCAAGUGUGACAGGGAGGAGGAAAGACUCUUUGUUCUGAGUUAAAGGAAAUCGUGACACUUUUUCAUGCUGCCACUACCGGUUGCUCUGGUAGCCUUGCAGCUGUGGUUUCUUUGUCGAAGUCUUGAAGAGUUUUAGGUGGAAGACUGGCCUCUUCACAUCAAUGAGUGACUGACUGAUUAUACACCGACACAAGAAAUGAAAACCUGGUGUGGAUGCGAAGGGUUUAGGACCAAGAAUGAAACAUCUGUGGGAAACAGUGCACUCGUCAGAAUGAUACAUCCUCAGUAACAAACCCCUUUUUUAACUUUAACACUUAAAUAUAACAGCAUGCGUUUAUUCUUCGGAGGGGAAUUCCAGUGCCUCUUUUUACGGGAAGUCGUUUCUAACUGGAGCACCUGCUACUGGUUACAUCUCUGUCUGAUCUUUCUCUUUGGUUGUUUUUAGUUCUUCAGAAUGUGUCGCUCAUCAUUGGUAAAACUUGCGUUCGUAUUUUACACCCUUCAGGUACCGGUCCAUGUGUUUCUGGACUUUUCCACACUGGAGUGCAGACAUCUCAGUGAAUCUGUGGAGCUCUUUGCUCUUGACCUGAUGGAUGCCAGCGCAAACUACACUAACAGAGACGUGACGGUGAGGCACGGAUAAGCCUAAUGUUUCUCUCAAACAUUAAUCAAAACCUCUUCAACCACUUUGUUGAAGUGCCUCAUGAUUGACUCAUGAUUUAAAGAUUAUUGGCUCUGUUGAUUUUCCUUUUGGAGCAUCAAGUAGCUUAAGCUUUAUUUCCUCUUUCCCAGGUUCGGGCUACAACUGCAGGAAGAAUCACUGCUAUUCCCUUCUGGUACCAAAUCUACCUGGACCCCGAGAUCAGCGUCAGCACCCUCAGCCACAACUCUCACUGGAAGCAGGCAGCUGCUGUGCUGCAGCAGCCGCUGGAGGUGAAAGCUGGAGACUGGGUCCAACUGGCUGUGAAGCUACACAAGAGCACCAUCUCCAUAUCAGCUCAUAUACAGAAUGACCCUAGCCCAAUGAUGUAAUAAUGUAGUUUAUUGGUGUAUUGCAACUAGUUUAACUUAUGUUUUACUAUGCCUCAGUCAUUUAAAGACAACCGGCACAUGGUGAAAUGAGUGGAUAUUAAAAUAUUUACCUUUUCUAGUGUGAUUAUUUUUUUAUCACUAUGAUGCCACUUCUCAAAUAUCUCAGUGUUUGUUAACAAGCUGGACCUUUUUUUUUUAAGGUUACCAGUAAGUCAUGCAAGUUAAAGCUUGCUUGAUUCGCACCUUUUCAGCAACAGCCAGAGGCUAAGUUUUAAUGCUAACAAACAACUUGUCAAAGUUUUUUUAUGAGGUAUCUGAAAAUAUCCUGGAACAAAAGUCAUUUCUAUUCAUGUAUAUAAUUAUAAAUUUAUUCGACAUACAGUGGGGGAAAUCAGUAUUGGCCACGUCAACAUUUUGCUCAGUAAAUUCAGUCAACAAAAAUAUAAACCUCACACUUUUUGUUUUGCUCCCAUUCUUCAUGAGCUGAACUCAAAGAUCGAAGACUUUUUCUAUGUACACAAAAGACCUGUUUCUCUCAGAUACUGUUGACAAAUUUGUCUAAAUCUGCACACUUGUGAACACUUCUCCUUUGCUGAGAUAAUCCAUCCACCUCACAGGUGUGGCAUAUCAAGAUGCUGAUUAGACAGCAUGAUUACUGCAUAGGUGUGCUCUAGACUGGCCACAGUAAAACACAACAAUAGACUCCACGAUCUCGUCACGAUAUCAAUAAAAUGCAACUGUGUUCGUUGUCCAUAAUAUAUGCCUGCCCACACCAGAACCCCAUCACCACCAUGGGCCACUCAAUUCACAACAUUGACAUGACGCCAAACACGCCAUCUGCCCAUCUGCCCUGUACAGUGAAAACUGAGAUUCAUCCGUGAAGAGAACACCUCUUCAAAGUACCAGACGCCAUCAAAUGUGAGCAUUUGCCCACUCAAGUCGGUUAUGACAACGAACUGCAGUCAGGUCAAGACCUCGAUGAGGACAGCGAGCAUCCAGAUGAGCUUCCCUGAGACGGUUUCUGACAGAAAUUGGUUAUGCAAACCAAUUGUUGCAGCAGCUGUCUGGGUGGCUGGUCUCAGAUGAUCUUGGAGGUGAAGAUGCUGGAUGUGGAGGUCCUGGGCUGGUGGUCUGCAGUUGUGAGGCCGGUUGGAUGUAGAGAUGAACAUUCAUUCACAGGCAACAGCGCUGGUGGACAUUCCUGCAGUCAGCAUGUCAAUCACACGCCCCCUCAAAACUUGUGAUAUC